UCAAGCCAGUAGGGGUAAACAAGCAGUGAAUAGUCCGAAACUGAAGUUUAUUAUAUCAUGGGUCAGCCAAAUGACGGGUUCCGAAAAUUAAUGCUAUUCAUUAUCCAAACGACGCCCGAUGUGUGCAUUUCGUUAGGAACAGUGUGAUCUCCAACUGUAGUGAUUUUGACCGCUAAAGUUACAAUCGUUUACGGUUUGCUUAAAUGAACAAGUAGUGGCAAUUGUGCAAUUAACAACCUGUAAAGGCUAUUUUAUACCGGCAGAAGAAAAUACGAGGACAUAAAAUGAGGCUGUUUGGUCGCAUAAUUUUAUUCGUUGUUAUGUUAACCAUAUCACACGACGAAGCGUACCGAAUUUUGGGCAUAUUUCCGCUCCGGACGAAGAGUCACUUUUUGAUGUGUGAGCAGCUGAUGAAAGGAUUGGCAAAACGAGGCCAUGUGGUGGACGUUGUUAGUCCGUUUCCAAUGAAGACACCUUUCCCCAACUACAACCAGAUCAUAAAUUUGGAAGGGUCCGUUAUUGGUCUACACAACAAUCUGACCUACGAUUUUGCUUUAUCGAACCUGUUAGACAAGGCCAUUAUUCCCGCCAUUGCCACUACAUACGGUAAUGACUUGUGUGACCUAAUGGCACUUCCGGAGUUCCAGAAGAUCAUCAAAAAUCAGGAGGAUUCUCCUUACGAUUUAGUUAUCGUAGAGCUAUUCGGUGCCAACUGUUAUGCGGCUCUGGGCCAACAUUUCAAAGUUCCCGUUGUCGGUGUCGUUACGAGCGCCGUGUGGCCGUGGGUGAACGACGUCGUGGCAAAUCCUGAUAAUCCAGCCUACAUUCCUCAUACAUUUUCAGGUUUAAACGUUCGAAUGAAUUUUUGGCAACGAUUUCAGAACGCUCUGACGUUGCUGAAGGUAAAAUUUGAAUACUGGUAUUACAGCGAUAAACAAAAUGAACAGAUAAAAAAGUACAUUGGGAACCACGCGCCCAGCCUGGACGAAGCCAUGAGGAAUGUGUCCUUACUUCUAGUCAAUUCGCACUACAGCCUUAAUGGAGUCAGGCCGAUGACUAUGGCCGUAGUUGAAGUCGGAGGACUUCACAUUGCAGAUACCCCAGACCCGUUGCCGAAUGAUGUACAACAGUGGCUGGACGACAGCAAAGAUGGUUUCGUCUAUAUCUCGUUUGGAUCCAUGGUGAAAAUAGAGUCAUAUCCUACAAAAUCGUUGAACGCGCUUUACGCAUCCUUGGCAAAGUUGGCACCGGUACGCGUCCUAAUGAGAAUAUCAAAACCAAACGAAUUGCCGCCUGGGCUACCAAGCAACGUUAUGACUCGUCCGUGGAUUUCGCAAUUUGCUGUACUUCGGCACAAAAACAUAAAGGUGUUCGUAACUCACGGCGGUCUUAUGGGAACUCAAGAAGCAAUCUAUUGCGGGGUUCCAAUGAUCGGCGUACCUCUGUUUGGAGAUCAAAUGCAGAACAUCGAGUUUUACGCAGAGAAAAAAAUCGCAGUGAGUCUGGAUCAUAAAAAUCUCACAGAGGAAAACUUGGACGCUGCCUUUAGUACUGUGCUGAAUGACCCAACAUAUUUGAAAACAGCAAAGAGAUUAUCUGAAGAAUUCCGAGACCGCCCAAUGACCGCGAUGGAAACAGCCACUUUCUGGGUUGAGUAUGUGGUCAGGUACGGUGGGACAAAUCUUAAAUCUCCUGCUAUGGAAUUAACUUGGUGGCAGACUGAGCUAUUCGACGUCUACGGAGCUUUGCUCUUGGCUGCCAGCCUCGCUGUACAUUUGUUAACAGUCAUAAUUAGUAAACUUUCAGCAAUUGUUCUAAGAACCGAGAAGAGAAGCGUGCCCCGUUCUAAAAAAACGAAGUGAGGUAGAUACUCGAUAUACAGUUAAUUGUAAGAUCGGUUAACGUAUAAUGUCGAAGUGCCACGCGUGUACGAACGUGUUGAUGGCACUUGUAUUUUUUCCAACAAUUCUAUAUCGAUCGACCUGAAACCAGCGUAUGUGUAUGUUACGGAAUCCAUUAACAAGAUAGAGUAAACGGAUCGACUGCGAGCCAUUGUCAUUCAAAAUGGCGAACUGUGAUAUCACUCGCCUCCUAUUUGGUCACGAUAGCGUUUGAACAAAUCUUGAUCGUCUGGUUCCAAUGCGUCAUCUACCUCGGCAAUAGAUUUAUAUCAGUCUAGAUCAAGUUUUUUUCCUUCCUUUUUUUGAGGUCACCUAACACUUGCACAAUGUUUCACCAAACAGAUUACACUCCGAAUUGGUACAUGUACACAGCUACAUACCUAUGUAUAGCAAUCUGAAUCGCAACCUGUAUCGGCUCCGUAGCGUAUCUGUAAAGUAAUAUUGCUCACUUGAGAUUCGCUAGCUGUAUUUGUGCUAUAAUUUUGAUUGUUAUCAGGGUAAGCUGUACCAUUUACGUAAAGGAGAAAAAAAUCCGUCCGUGUAUAUCUUCGACAAAAAUUUUUAAUCCCAAUUACUCCACUCGUAAUACAAAACUUUUAAAUUAUACUCAG